ACAACGUUGAUGGAUGACCGUGUCGUGAAGACUGCUGUCGUUGUUGGGGGUGGACCUGUUGGCUGCCUGGCUGCUAUCUCUCUCGCGCGACGUGGCUGGAAGGUCGACGUCUAUGAAGCACGGCCCGACCUUCGCGAUGCUGCCUCAAUCCAAAAUACCAAACUCAGAUCGAUAAAUUUGGCAAUUUCCCAUCGCGGGCUUGCUGCGAUUCAAGUCAUCGACCCGCUGGCCGCCCAACGCUUCCUCGAAACAGUCAUUCCCAUGAAAGGCCGGAUGAUUCAUGAUCCAAACUGCACCCUCUCCAGCCAAUUAUACGACAAAGAUGGACAGUGCAUAAAUUCGAUAGACCGUGCUCUGCUUAACCGAAGUCUACUGGAUCAGGCCUCGUCGUCGCCUAAUAUUCGGCUCUUCUUCAACCAUAAGAUUCAGCUGGUGGAUUUCGACAAGAAAACCAUGACAGUUCUGAAUCUCGACAGCGGCACUGUGUUCUCAGUGGAGUUUGAUUUGUGUGUUGGCGCAGAUGGCAGCUAUUCGGUGAUUCGGCGUCAGAUGAUGAAGGUGGUCAGAAUGGACUUCCAGCAGGAAUACAUACGAGACGAAUAUGUAGAGUUCAAGAUGCCCCCGGGUAGAGGCGAUCGCGGACAACCAGUCUUCCUCCUUGAUCCGGACCACCUUCACAUUUGGCCGCGCCAUUCUUUCAUGUUUAUUGCCCUCCCAAACCAGGACAAAUCGUUUACCUGCACGCUGUUUGCCCCUGCCAGUCUACUGGAUACGCUCGGAGAUCGUGCAACAUUUUUGUCGUGGUUUCGACAGCAUUUCCGAGAUGCUUUCGAGCUUAUCGGAGAAAAUAGUCUCGCGACCGCUUGGGAGCUGAACCCCAGAAGUCCAUUAAUCUGUACCAAGUCCAACCCUUAUCAUUAUUUGGAUCGGGCAAUUCUCUUGGGUGAUGCGGCGCAUUCUAUGGUUCCAUUUUACGGCCAAGGUUUGAACUGUGGCUUGGAAGACGUGCGGGUGCUUGAUACUCUUUUGACGGAAUCUGAGGUUCAAGCGACUGCCCCGGCAAAUUUUGACCGCGGCUCUAUUGACACACGACUGGCUGCCGCUUUGGCAGAAUAUUCAGAAAGCCGUCACGAUGACCUGGUGGCCAUAUGCGAACUCGCCAUGGCUAAUUAUUUGGAGAUGCGGCAUUCUGUUACGACGCCCGUGUACCUUUUCCGGAAAGGGCUGGACAGGCUGCUCUACUCGCUGACGAGCCAGGGGACCAAAUCAGUGUCGUCGCUGGUGCCGUUGUUGACUGGGACAAGAUUUUCGAUGGCUGUUGCUGGCUGGAUUCCGCUCUACACGAUGGUUACGUUUCGGCCAGAUAUAAGCUAUGGAGCGGCCAAAAGACGAGGAGAGCGUCAAUCUUUUGUGUUGUCGAUCCUUGGUUGGGUCGGGACUGGAGUGGCGGUUGCAGGGGUUGUCUCGAUCUCACGGGGUCUGCGUGGCGGUAUUUCCUUGUGGAAAUGA